AUGGCUUCUGCAACCACAGACCGGCCCCUGCAUGAUCUCCUUUUCGGACGUGACCCCGGAGAAGCGGUGCCAACUCAUGCCCAUGCAAGGGAACUGAUAGCAAAUGUUCCGCACGAGUGCGAGAGGCUCGCAGCCCUCUUGCGACGGGCAGAUGCGAUUCUGGUUGGCACUGGUGCUGGGUGGUCCGCAGACUCGGGAUUGGCGACCUACAAGGAUGUGGCAGACGUACCGGCUCUCCGUGCAGUCGACUUAAGCUACUAUGACCUCUGCCAAACGCGCUGGCUCCGGGAAGACCCUGCCGUUUACUACGGCUUCUGGGGGUAUUGCCUUUCCUCGUACAGGCGCGCAACACCGCACGAGGGCUAUCGGAUAGUAAAGAAGUGGUCGGAGGACCUUUGCAACCGAACACCGCGCUUUCGAGAGAGAUUUGCUGCUGCGAAGCUGAGCCCAGUCUUCAUUUACUCAUCAAACGUUGAUGCUCACUGGCAUCGAGACGGGCUCUUCACGGAGGAUGCGACUUUCGAGUUCCACGGGACCUGUGAAGACUGGUGCUGCUCGGGGUCUGAAGCAGAAGGCCGGAUGUCACCCUGCUGUCAAGAUAUCUGGCCUGUGCCCGCCGACUUCCACUUCGUGAUCGACGAGAAGACGAUGCGGGCGGAGUCCAAGGAGUCUGCAGAGCCCAAUGAAUCCAGUGCGAGCGAGAUGCCUGAGCAUGGAGGCUGCCCCUUCUCCCUGGCACAGAAAUUGGGCAACCCCAAUCGCCCACGCUGUCCCAGGUGCAGGAGUCUGCUUCGGCCUCGCGUGCUCCAUUUCGGGGACGGCAAGUUCUUCGAGCGGGAGGGGGAGCGCGAACGCUUUGAGAGAUGGGCAGAGUGCGUUUUCGACUGCAUGACGCUUUGUAGCGCUCCUCUCGGUGAUGGUGAAAAGGAUCCAGCGAAGCAUGUGCUGGGCGCCAGCGCAGGCGCCAGCUCGGGGGAUAUCUACGAGGACAAGGGGGCCAAGGGGGGCGAGGAGGCAUUCUGCCUGGCAGUGUUGGAAUUUGGCUGCGGGCUCAAUGUCCCGUCAGUCCGCCGUGAGAGCGAGAGGCACCUGGACAUGUAUCCCGAGAACUGCGUCUUGGUCCGAGUAAACCCAGACUUCCCGCUUGUUCUGGAGAAGGAGCCGAGGCAGCGCAUUGAAAUCAUGGCCGGAGCCCUGGAGGCCGUGCGCGCGGCCGAUGCCCUCUUGCGCGGCAAGGAGCCCGAGGUUCCCAAAGCGAAGCCGCGCGAGCCACUUCCGAAGCCGGAGGCCAAGCCCCGAGCUCGAAGUGGGAGCAGAGCCAAGAAAGGCUGA